AUGAGUGUCCUAGCGGAUCUCGUUCCUCGUCUACCGAGAACAAUUCGGACUCUUGCCGUAACCUUACCGGGAAGUAGACCAUCAAUAGGUGGAAUCGAGUCUCUUUUCGCCCAAGUAACGCCAGAAGGGACAGUUCAUCACUCGUUGUCUAGGCUCGAACACUUAUACAUGUCGAUGCAAUUGCCCCUGCAGCUUUCGCUAUCUCCGGCCGAGCUUGCACUACCGAUUGCCCGGCGUUUACCUAGCCUAGAUUUAAUUGCCAUUGCUCCUCAUAGAGGGUCCCAAUCGGUGAUGCCGUUGCAUCUGGGAGAUCCGGGUGGAUAUGGGUGGGGAAUGAGUGGUGAUAGGGUAGAGGUAUGGAAAGUAGGUCGAGAUGUUCGAUGGCAACCUACCCUGGGUGACGGUAGAGAGCAAGGUCCGAUUACCACUAUCAUCAACGUCGGCACUUUUGCUGGUAUGAAUGGAUAG